CGUGGACCCCACCGUCCCCCAGCUGGUUUUUAAUUUUUCGUUUUCUUGCCCAUUUUGUUUCCUGUUUUUUUUUUUAAUUUUUAAAAUUCCUUUCGAGCCACGUUCUCUUCCCCCACCACCAUCAGCCUCCUUCACGAUGAACAAACUGUACAUCGGGAACCUGGGCGAGGACGCGGCGCCCUCGGACCUGGAAAGUAUCUUCAAGGACGCCAAGAUCCCGGUGUCGGGCCCCUUCCUGGUGAAAGCGGGCUACGCCUUCGUGGACUGCCCGGACGAGGGCUGGGCCCUCAAGGCCAUCGAGGCGCUUUCAGGUAAAACGGAACUGCACGGGAAACCCAUCGAAGUUGAGCACUCGGUCCCCAAAAGGCAGAGGAUUCGGAAACUUCAGAUACGAAAUAUCCCGCCUCACUUACAGUGGGAGGUGCUGGAUAGUUUACUAGUCCAGUAUGGAGUGGUGGAGAGCUGUGAGCAAGUGAACACUGACUCGGAAACCGCGGUCGUAAAUGUAACCUAUUCCAGUAAGGACCAAGCUAGACAAGCCCUGGACAAACUGAACGGGUUCCAGCUGGAGAACUUCACCUUGAAAGUCGCCUACAUCCCCGACGAGAUGGCUGCCCCACAGAACCUGUUGCAGCAGCCACGAGGCCGCCGGGGGCCUGGGCAGCGGGGUUCAUCCAGACAGGGCUCGCCGGGAUCACCAGCCAAACAAAAGCCCUGCGACCUGCCUCUGCGCCUGCUGGUGCCCACCCAGUUUGUCGGAGCUAUCAUAGGGAAGGAGGGCGCCACCAUCCGGAACAUCACCAAGCAGACACAAUCCAAAAUCGACGUGCACCGCAAGGAGAAUGCGGGGGCUGCCGAGAAGUCCAUCACAAUCCUCUCUACACCCGAGGGCACGUCCGCGGCCUGCAGGUCCAUCCUGGAGAUCAUGCACAAGGAAGCUCAGGACACAAAAUUCACAGAAGAGAUCCCCUUGAAGAUUUUAGCCCAUAAUAACUUUGUAGGCCGUCUCAUCGGUAAAGAAGGAAGAAACCUUAAGAAGAUUGAGCAGGACACAGACACUAAAAUCACCAUCUCUCCAUUGCAGGAGCUGACACUGUACAACCCAGAGCGCACCAUCACGGUUAAGGGCAGCAUUGAAACGUGUGCCAAAGCUGAGGAGGAGAUCAUGAGGAAGAUCAGAGAGUCCUACGAGAAUGACGUGGCCUCCAUGAACCUUCAAGCGCACUUGAUUCCUGGACUGAAUCUGAACGCCUUGGGUCUGUUCCCGCCCACACCAGGCAUGCCACCUCCCACCUCUGGGCCCCCCUCAGCCAUGGCGCCACCCUACCCACCACUGGAGCAGUCGGAGACGGAGACAGUGCAUCUAUUCAUCCCAGCACUCUCGGUGGGCGCCAUAAUCGGCAAACAGGGCCAGCACAUCAAACAGCUUUCUCGCUUCGCGGGAGCCUCCAUAAAGAUCGCGCCUGCCGAGGCCCCAGAUGCUAAGGUGCGGAUGGUGAUCAUCACGGGACCCCCAGAGGCGCAGUUCAAGGCUCAGGGAAGAAUUUAUGGCAAGAUUAAAGAAGAGAACUUCGUCAGCCCUAAAGAGGAGGUAAAGCUUGAAGCUCACAUCCGAGUGCCAUCCUUUGCUGCCGGCAGGGUGAUCGGAAAAGGAGGCAAAACGGUGAAUGAGCUCCAGAAUUUGUCAAGUGCGGAAGUAGUUGUACCUCGUGACCAGACACCUGAUGAGAAUGACCAAGUUGUUGUCAAAAUAACUGGUCACUUCUACGCUUGCCAGGUUGCCCAGAGAAAAAUUCAGGAAAUUCUGACUCAGGUAAAGCAGCACCAACAGCAAAAGGCUCUGCAGAGCGGACCAUCGCAGUCACGGCGGAAGUGACGGCUCAGGCCCCAGCCCCGCAGAGGCAGACGCCAGACCAAAGACAGACCGCCGACCCCUCUCCAGACUCCACGCACAAGUCUGUACCCAGCCAGUUGUUUCUGAGGACCAGGCAACUUGUGAACUCCUGUCUCUGUGAGAAUGUGUACUUGAUGCUCUCUGAAAUAUGUGACACCCAGCUUUAAAAAAAUGAAUGGGGGGAGGGGUGGGAGAGGAGAGCUCCGCACUUCCCUGUGUCGUAGUCUCACACGUUAACAGCCAGCCUCGGUUUCUCCGUGUGCUCCCUGAGAAUGCCGGAAAUCAGCCUACUCGCUAAACUCAUCAGACUUUAAAAAUAGAUUGCUCCUAAAUACAACUGCUAAAAUUGAAUCGGAAUAAUCACAGAAACUAAAAGGUUAAGCCAUUAGCAUCAAAAAAAUUGUUCUCGGUUUUAUUUUUAUCUGACACUAACAUGAGUAACAUAAGGGAAGUGCUGAAUGGUGUUGGCAGGGGCAUUAAAUGUGCAUUUUUUUACUCAACUACCUCAGGUAUCCAGUAAUACAAGGAAAAGCAAAAAGCAAACGCGUUUUUUUUUUUCCUGAAAAUUUUAUAUACUUCAGAAGGAUACAAGUCCGAACAUUUUUUUAUGAAAUAAAUUUAACAGCUAACAG